UGAUUUUCUUUGUUGUAAGAGACCAGCAGGGGCAGUAGCAGAAAUAUGUCACUUGAGGCACUCUGGGCAGCAUUGCUCAGAAAUGAUUGUGGGCCACACCAGACAGCUCCAGUGUUUCUUGGCGUGCCCCAAACUACUCCCCAAAUGUUGAUCGGCCUCUUAAGUCAGAGGCACAGUUUUAAUGGUAAGGUAGCUUUCCACCCUGACUUCUCACUUCCCUCCUCUCUGCUUUCACUUUUCAGCUGAAGGGAUAAUGUUGAGUGGGUUGUAGAGUUUUCUUGGGGUUUUUUUGUUCUUUAGAGAAAAUUAUGUGUAGUUAAAGUCUGUUACCAGUGCUGGGAAGUGGCUUUUCCCAGGGCUUGAGCUGGAUUACAGGUGCAUCAAAAACUCAGCACAGAUAAAUGGCUUUUAUCUGUAUGGAUAAUGCAAGGUGUCAGCUUCUAAGACUGGAUAAACUCAAUGUUUUCAUGUUUGCCAAGAAAUGUCCUCUGCCUUGUUGCUCUCACUGAAAUAAAGAUUUGCUUGGGGAUGGGAAGCUUAGGUAAAAUUCCAGGUCAUAAACUUAAAAAAGUAGUAGUGCUUUUAAACAGUAACGCUUUUUAACAAGACUGUGGUUUAAAAAGAUCCAAAGAUCAUAUUUCUGCUGACUGAACUGUCUGGUACUGUGACCUGUGUGUAGAGAACCAGUUUUGACUUUUCUUUUCUGUACUCUUUUAAUCAAAGGGUAGCCUCUGAGGGUAAGUGACUAAGACUUCUCCUCUGCUGCCCAAGCCUAUGGUGCAGGGAUAGCUGCCGUCUUCAGUCAAACCAAAGCAGGCUCUACCAAGAGAAGGCUGCUCUAGACAGGUGGUAUAUACAUGAUAGUAUAGUAACUGGCCAACUGCUUCUUCUGCUUUUUGUUUUUAUCAUGCAUUUUGACUGUUGGAUAUUUUAUAACCUGAUUGUUGAUGUUCUGAAAUGCUUUUCAUGUUCUAUUGCUCUAACUGUUAAAAUUAUGUGUUUUUAUCUGAUAGAGUAAAUUAAGGUGGGAUUUAAGUCUUAAAGGGAUGAAUUAACACAACAAAACCUGGUAUCUAGUUUCCAUUUGUAAACUUGUUUAAAACAUUUGAGUAGAUAUGUGAAGCUUCGAGUCAAAUCUAAUCCUUAGGACAUAGAGAAACUUCCCAGUACCAUUGCAUGAAGUACUCAAAUGUGAGUUCUGGAUUACUCAUUACCAGUUUUCUGCUUGUUAUGGAAGGAGGGGUAAGUGACAAAGAGGGAGGAAAUUACCCCAACUGGGAGAUGGUUCAGGUGUUAAAAUAACACGUUUGUGUACUGAUGCUUGUUGCUUCCAGUACUGAAAACUGGUGGAUAUCCAGUAUAACUGGUUUUUGAAAUGUGCGUUUUUACAACAUUACUUUUUUCUUAAAAUAUUGUGACAAGGAUUCAUUUCCUCACUGUCUGAUUCUGAGCCCACAGGGAAAAGAGGCAGAGUCCAAACUUGAAAGUGGGUGUGAUUUUUAAUUUGGCAGAUGAGACAAAGGCUUUAAGACUUCCAGACGUUUGAAGUACCACUUUUGUUUAGCCCUUCUUUUACCAAAAGGUUUGUGCUGUCUGUCUAGUGAAGUAAGAGAAGCAGGUGUUGAAUUUCCUUCCUGCCAGAAGCACAGUGAUGUUCAGCACUGCUUCUCUGGGGCAGCAGUUCCUGUUCCCAGUAACAGGAGCAUGAGGCAACUGGGACAGGUGGGAGUUUGGUGCCCCUGGGGUUCAAGUUCCCUUUGUCCUUUGCAAACUGUUUACAAGUGGCUGUGGGCUCUGUUUUGGAUGUCUGGGGGUCAGUGAAUCCUUGUGUGCUGGGUACCCACGUGGGUAAUGACUACUCUCAGGAAUUAUAUUACUUUGAGGAGUUUCUGUUGUGUCUGGUUUUAGCUUUUCCCCAGCUGAUACUUUGCUUGACAUACAUGCUCAAAAAAUCUAGAUGUUUUUUAAACAUAUCAGCUUGACAGAUUCAAAGGAAGUUGCUUUGUAUAUUUGAGAUUUAAACUAAUGCUUAAGUGUACUGACUGGAAUAUGUGCAAUAUUUUACAGUUUUCUCAUUCUGUGAAUGUUCAUUUUAAGCAACCUUACUGAAAUGGGACAAUUUGGAAACCGUAUUUCAUGUGCCAAAGAGGAGAUCUGCCUGAAUACUGAGUAUUCUCCUGAAUUGAUGUUCGCAAACACCCUGAUUUCUUCUAUGGCUGCUUUUUGCAUCACAAGGAAUUCUGUUUUGGAUGGAAAAUCAUGCUUCCAAAGGAAAAGAGACCCCUUCAGUCACCAGUGGAAGUUGCUGCAUGCUGAAGUGGAUUGCAUUGUUGUGGGAGAACUGCUACAGGAGCUGCAGCUUUCAGCAAGCCAUUUGGGUUCAGCCCUUUUGCAGAGAAACAUAUGAACCUAACAGUCUAAAACUGAGUCCUUCAGAUGAUAUUGAAUUACAUGAAUGACAGCCUGAGAACAGAUGUCUUUGUGAGGUUCCAGCCAGAAAGCAUUGCCUGUGCAUGUAUUUACCUGGCAGCCAGGACACUGGAGAUUCCACUUCCUAAUCGUCCGCACUGGUUUUUGCUCUUUGGAGCCACAGAGGAAGAGAUUCAAGAAAUCUGCUUAAAAAUUUUGCAACUCUAUACUCGGAAAAAGGUGGAUUUAUCUGAUCUGGAAAGUAAAAUAGAAAAGAAGAAAUUGGCUAUUGAAGAGGCAAAAGCACAAGCUAAAGGUCUAGUACCUGAGGGAGUCCCAAGUUUGGACAACACAUCAGGAUUUUCCCCUGUACCAAAAAAUGAGUCUCCAAAAGAGGUUAAAGGAAAUAAACCUUCACCACUACCUGUUCAGGCAAUGAAGAAUGCUAAAAGGAAAACAGAGGGAGCCAAGAGAACGAGUUCAAAUAGCCCAGUAAACGGGGUUCAGAAGGGAAGGGAGAGCAGGAGUCGCAGUGGAAGUCGAGAUCAAAGUUAUUCCAGAUCUCCAUCCAGAUCUGCAUCCCCAAAGCACAGGAAGAGCGAAAGCUACUCCACGUCGAGCGGCUCCAAGUCCCACAGCCGCUCCCGCAGCCGCAGCGACUCCCCUCCCAGGCAGUUCAACCACGGCUCGAGCUACAAACCUUCCAAGGUGAGGAGCUACAAGAAGUCCAAGGACUACAAAUACUCGGCGCACAAGGCGCGGAAAUCCCGCAGCAGGAGCUCGUCCCGGUCCCGCAGCCGAUCCCGGGAGCGCUCCGACCACUCGGGGAAGUACAAGAAGAAGAGUCACUACUACAGGACUCACAGGCACGAGCGGUCGCGCUCCUAUGAGCGGGCAGGUCACCGCUACGAGCGGGAGCACCCUGGCCACAGCAGGCACAGGCGGUGAAUAAAGCCGGGCUCUUUCCUUUGGAGUGGGAGCAGCUGCAGCUCUUUCCCAUUUGGCCUUUGCAAUAUAGGGUUACCCUGGCUUGUAAACCACCCAGCUUCAGUUCUGUCCCUUCCGCUGGCAGGUCUGUUGUUCUCUUGAGCCCAAAGGAAGGAUGCUGACAAGGAAGGACUUGGUCCCGUCGGUGUCUUGGUGGCUGUUUUGCUGGUGUCACCUCUGAACGCUGCAGAGCUUGGCUCUGGGCGCUCCUGGGGCUGCUCUGCAGUGCUGUGUGUGCCCGGGUGCAGUGCAGUGGUGUGUGGGACCCUGCCAGCAGGACCCCCCUGGCUCCCUGGUUGGGAUGCUGCGCUGGGCAGCCCUCCCCUGGGGAGCUGGAAGGCUCGAGACAGUUCACAAAACCCCUUGGAGUGGCUUGGUGCUAACAGCUGUCUUUUCAUACUGACUCAAUUAUGUUGUACAAAUGUAAGGUGACUUUUUUUAGACCUGUUGCCUAUAUUAGGUUCUAUAUGUGUAUAUAUAUUUUGCAGUGUUACAGUGCAGUAUGAGGACAUGGCCUUACUAGCCUUUACACUUUAUCCACAAUGUAAAUAAGCAUUUGUUUAAUACAGCUGGAAGAUCUCUACAGAAAAUUCAAAACUUGAAUUCUAUCAAAAGACUUGUGUAGAAAAUUCUGAUAAAUGUGAAAGUAUUUAGCUCUGUGUAUUGAGAGUAGUAUAUUUUUAUCUGUGCAAUGCUGUGUGCAGGCCACCAGCUCAUAAGACAUUUCCUAUCCAUUUUAAGUGGUUUGAAAUUCUUUACUCAGGAUCUUUUGACACUCUAAGGAAUUAGUAGUUUGUCAAUCUGCAUGCUUGUUGGAGAACAGAGCAUUUAAAAAAAUAAUAGAAAAAAAAAACAACAAAACAACCAACCCACAGCCCAGUAGUAUCAGUUCUAGUGGUAUAUCUGAGCUGUUACUCUCAUGCUCCCUAAUUUCAUUAAAGUAUUUGAUUUUCUAUUCAUUUA